ACUCUUCAGGACUUGGAUGCCUGCGGGGGCCGGUUACGCCGAGGGGAUCUGGUUUCCUUCCCGACGGAAACGGUCUACGGCUUGGGGUGUCACGCGUUGGACGAAUUGGCCUGCCGGAAAGUAUUCGCCGCUAAAGAACGACCCCUAACGGAUCCAUUGAUUGUGCACGUCAACGAGGAAGCCAAAGCGCAAGAGCUUUGGCAAGCUACUGCUGAUUCGCUGGAAGGGCGGAUACUCGCAUGUUUAAUACACGAGUUUUGGCCGGGUCCAUUGACCCUCGUCGCCAAAGCCACAAGUUCCGUUCCGUCCGUGCUCAUGGCAGGGACCGGGUUUGUUGCUUGUCGAAGUCCAUCACAUCCAACGGCGAGAGCUUUAAUUGCGAGCGCCGGCGUUCCCAUUGCGGCACCGAGUGCGAACAAGUUUGGACACGUUUCGCCAACGUGCGCAGAUCAUGUUUUUGACGAUUUGCGCUACGAAGACGUAUGGAUUGUGGAAGAAGAUGAACCGCUGCAAGUAGGCGUGGAAAGUUCCGUCGCCAAACUAGAAAUGCAAGAUAAGGCCAGGGGCGUUUUGACCGUCCUGCGGCAGGGAGCAAUCUCGGUUUUGGAUUUACAGCGGUGUUUACGCAAGGCCAAUAUUGACAGUGUUCAAGUACGCGCCAAUACUAGCCGCUCCACGUCAGACGAGGAGGCAAAUGUGGCGCCUGGGCAGACCGUUCGUCAUUAUUCCCCAAAUAUCCCUAGUUUUCUGGUAUCCAAGUACUGCGUCGAAAGUUAUAUGAAUGAUGGCAAUCAAAGCAAGCUUGCUGAUACUGUAAUUGUGGACUACGGAGAGACGAUGCUGUCGUGGAAAGAAUAUUGUGCAGCUUAUCGUGAUUUGAGUUCAGUGGCGGAUUCAACGAAAGCCGCCCAGGCUGUAUUUGAUACACUUCGAUGGGCCGAGCAGGUAGAAGGAGCUUCCCGUGUGCUAUUUCCCGAUCUAGAGGUCGAUGACGAAAGCGAUGCUCUUAUUUUAGCAGUCAAAGACAAGCUGACUAGAGCAGCCAGUGGAGUGGUACUGGAAUCCUUGUCCUAG